GCAAAAACGAAGAAAAAGUUGGACAGAGGUGGAAGGCGAGACAGCGAGAGAGAGAGAGAGUGUUUUGAGAGUCUGUGCUUUCUUUUUCCAGCACCUCCAUAUGUAGAAUCGUCGAGAGAGAAAUGAUUCCUAAUAAGGUUGUAACGAGAGGCACUUUCUCCACAAGUCACUGGAGCUGCCAGGAAAAGUUUCCUUUCCAUUUUCUCUUUGAGACUCAGAAACAAACAGAAAAUCCCAGCAAUGGAGCGAGAAAGCAAACCAAGUCAAAAUGGCUCUUAUGGACUGCAGUGGGAAGAUUUAAACCAUAACAAACCCACAUUACACAUUGUCGGAUGCCGACUACUGGCUUCCCCCUCAGCCUUUGACAGAAAGAGACAGAGUCCCACUCCUGAUCAGGGCCAUCUGUGUUUUGUAUGUGAUGGUGUUACAGAAGGUUGCUAUUGAAUCAUGGCUCAAGUGCUGCAUAUGGACACCAGCUUUCCAGGAAAGAUUAACUCUGCAGUCCCUACUUCCCUGCACCCGAAGGACACGGAAGCUCCUUACUCAGUAGAGACCCCCUAUGGUUACCGUCUGGAUCUGGACUUCCUGAAAUAUGUUAAUGACAUUGAAAAGGGUAAUACUAUAAAGAAGGUCCCUGUUCAGCGACGUCCACGCUAUGGUUCUCUGCCCCGUGGUUAUGGUUACACUGGCUCAUGGUGGACCUCCACCGAGUCAUUGUGCUCCAAUGCCAGCAUGGAUAGCCGCCACUCAUCAUACUCAUACUGUGCACCGGGCUAUCACACUUCUCAACGCCCCAACUUCAGCAUGGCCCGUGUGGAGAAGACUCUACUAGAUGCACGGCGAAAGCUGGAGGAGGAGAAGGACAGUCGCUUUUCCAACUUAGGCAGCAUGCACAGCAGUGUUGCUGGCUCUAACACCUCUCUGUCCAGUGCCCACAGCUUUAAUCGUGCCCAGGGUGGGGGAAGUUCAUACACACCUGCCAGCUCAGGUCUGUCCACACCUGUAUCACCCACCCCAGCCCACCUACAGCAUGUACGUGAGCAAAUGGCCAUGGCCCUUAGGAAGAUCCGGGAUCUGGAAGAGCAAGUGAAGACCAUUCCCGUGCUGCAGGUGAAGAUCUCCGUGCUGCAGGAGGAAAAACGGCAGCUUAGCGUCCAACUAAAAAGCCAGAAGUUCCUGGGCCACACACUUGGGUUCAGCCGUGGACGGCCACGUGGAGAACUCUACAUUGACAUUCCAGAGGAGGGUGUGGAGGCUGGAACCAGUAAGGUGGAGGAGGGACUCUCACCCACCACGCCAGAUGGCUCACGUCAGGACUCUGGCUGUGAGAUAGAAGAUACCGUAAUCGUGGGCAGUGUCCGACCAGGGAUGAGGAAGGAGGUUCGAACCAUUGCCGUGGGUCCAGACAGUAAAGAAAAAGAUACUUGCCAGGUGGGUGUAGGUGUGAGGGAGGAAGACUUGGGCCUUCUGCCAGAGAUGGAAGUUCUGAAGUCCAAGGUAGGCCAGUUGGAGGUGCAGUUAAGAAAGACUAAUCAUCAGCUACAGAGUGCCCAGAUGCAGGUGGAGGCAGUGCAAAAGGAGAGACAGGGUGGGGCCCUGCAGGCUGAUCAUGCAGUGAGGGCCACCAGCGUGGGCUGGCAGCAGCAGCAUGACCUGGGAGGUGGUGGCCUCCACACUCUGGUCAGCUUUACCCAGCAAGGCCAGCAGAAGCAGCAGAGGACAGUGGGGAUCCAAGUGUACACACUGGAGCAGCCUACGGUGAUGCUCAGGACUCAGCAAUGCAGCACCUCCACCAGACCUCUAUCUGCCCCCCUCCCGGGGGGAAAUCCUCACAGAGGAUAUGCAGAGCCUCUGAGGGCAGAAGAAUCAAUUGCAAUAAGCUCCAAACAAGUACGAGAAGUUCUAAGAAGUGAAUUGUCCACAUCAGUGCCAGUCACCAGCGCUUCCAGUGCUAUGGAGACUGCUACAGUCAACUACAGUCAAGCAGCUCCCCUUUGCCAAAGACUGAGGGACGGAGAACAGAAACAGCAGUUGGCCACAGAAGUUAUGGUCUCAUGUGAAAGUGUGCCUCAACCAGCCUCUCCUCAUUCCAGCUUGAGAUCAAUCAUGAAGCAUAAGGCAGACAGAGAACCACAGUCUUCUUCAACCCAGAAGAAUCUGAAGUUCAUAGGAGUAAAUGGAGGGUAUGAGUCCACCUCAUCGGAGAGCAGUUCUGAGAGUUCAGAUGAUGACAGUGAUGCAAGUGAAUAUCAUGAAGCCACUGAGAAACUACCAGAAUCUCCAGCUCAUCGCCCUCAGGCUACCUCUGUCAGCAGCUCUGCUGUUUCUGUCCUUGUAAUUCCAGAAUCUAUAGAGACAACAAAUUCCCAGCACAGCAAUGCCCCAGUUUUACUUAGUGAGGGCUCAGGUCUGCAAGGCAUCACCCAAUCACCAGCCUUGGACACAGCCACAUGUCAACUUGUUAUAAAGUCACCAGCCUCAGAUUCUGACAAAUCUCAGGAGACUCUUGUCCUCUCAGCAGAAUCAGAUUCCACUCAGCAAUAUACCAUGCAAAAUACUGCCAUUUGCCCUGAACACAGUUCCAAUGAAUCAUCUACAAUCUGCCUGGCAUUGGAACAAACAGUUAGCAAACCCCAAACCACUAGCUCAGAUAGCCAACAAAAAUCUAUCCAGCCAGAAUCCUCAGACCUGACCACUCAACAACCCACUGCUCUGUCACAUACCACUGGUGCUUCUUAUCCAGAUGAUAGCCAAUCACAAACCACUGACCUCACUCCAUACCAGCAAACUGACCAACAGGACACAGGCAAAUCUCCAGUCAGCAUUCCGACUGAAAACACCAGCUCAAACAAAUCACCUAAACAAGAAAGCAGUUUCAGGGGAGAACUGAGUGAAAGCUUCAUGACAGCUCUUCACACCUUGCAGAAAGCACUUGGUGAACCAAAUGCUUUUAGCCAACAGGAAGCGAGAACAGCCUACACCACGGUGUUACAGGAGUGGCUGCGUGUUUCAUGUCAUAAAUCUGCGGACACAGCAGUGGUCAGAGCCUACAUGGAUGCCUUUGCCUCUGUCUCACCUCAGCUGCUGGAGUUUGUGAUCAAUAUGGCUGAUGGGAAUGGAAACACAGCACUGCACUACACUGUCUCACACUCCAACUUCCCUGUGGUUAAACUGUUGCUGGACACAGGUCUCUGUAAUGCAGAUAAGCAGAACAAGGCUGGAUACACGGCCAUCAUGCUGACAGCUCUGGCUGCGUUCCACUCCGAAAGUGACCUUCAGACGGUUCUGCAGCUGCUCCGUACUGGAGAUGUUAAUGCCAAAGCUAGCCAGGCUGGGCAAACAGCUCUGAUGCUGGCAGUGAGUCAUGGCCGAGGAGACAUGGUUAGAGCUCUGCUGUGCUGCGGUGCUCAGGUCAAUCUGCAGGAUGAUGAUGGCUCCACAGCCCUCAUGUGUGCCUGUGAGCAUGGUCACGUGGACAUUGUACGCCAGCUGCUGUCUGUGCCUGGCUGUGAUGCCACUCUCACCGAUAACGAUGGCAGCACUGCUCUCUCCAUAGCGCUAGAGGCCAGUCAGAAUGACAUCGCCGUGCUUCUCUAUGCCCAUCUGAAUUUUGCCAAACCUCCUUCCCCUGUGACUCCAAAGUCUCAAAUUGUGGGAUCUCCACCUUCUUCAUCUGAAAUCCUAAAAUGAAACUCUAAGGCUGAUUCCUGUAUGGAUAUAUACUCAUUGUAAUUGUGUGUACAGUUGAUCUGUGCAAAUGUAUCUGUUUAUAUAUAUAGUUAUUAUCAGUUAAUUCUAUGCUACUGCAUUUUCAGUGCUUUCAGUGCCUUUACACACAACUUUCCAAACCUGAGGCCUCAUUUAUUAAAUCCCAGUUUCCAGUGAAUUGUCUAAUUUUACAAAUGGGUUUAUAUGAAACCAGAAAUUGACGUGAAAAUAUUCUUAUAAAAUAUUCUUAUCCUUAUUCAUUUUUGUCCUAGAAAAUCUGAAUAAAAAGAGAGACUUACAUGUCAGAGAAAGGACACUAAAGCAUAAGGGACAUCAGGGUUUUACUGACAUUUAUCUGCUCAGUAACUAAACAGGUAAACGAGGAAAUAAAUAAAAAUGCCCCCAGAAGCUCACAGAGAAUAAUAGACAUCACCAGUUAAUUUUUACGCAGAGCACUUUACGUAAACAACACGUCACCUUGUCCAUAGGAAUUGGAUAUUGGUUCUGAGGCAGUGAAAGAGAAGAAUAAAAUAUCCUGCAUUCACUGAAAGUUUCACAAUUUAUACUGUAUACUAUAUACACACCUGUCAGCAAGCUUUUGAGCAUACAUGCCAUUAUAAAACGUCCAGUUUACUAAAUGCCACUGCCACAGACCAAAGUUUUAUCAAAAUGAAAUUAUUACUAGCCAUGAAAACAUUUGGGUUUGUUUGAGGUUUGUUUACUGGUUUACUUGUUCUUUUAACAGUGAUGGGACAAACCACACGUGUAGUGUCCUAAUGACUGUGUUGUCCAAGUGCUGCAGCUGCCUGUCAUUUUUAAUUCCUCUUUAACCAACAUACAAAGUGCUUUUUUUAAAACUUGGAUUUAUUGUCAGCUCCAUAUCUAUUGGCACCCUAUAAGAAAAGAAUUUGUUCCCAACAAUCAAGGUAAAUGCUGAAGGACAAGGCCUUUUUCAGCUGAAUGACAUGCUUGUGUCUGAUCAGAGUGUCACCUGGUAUAUCACCAUCUUUUACUGACUUUUGAUGCACUUCUCUUAAUAAAUGAGGCCCUGGUUUUUAAUGCCACAAUGCUUCAAAAGAGUUUACUGUCUAAAAUUUAUCCUGUUUCCUAUCACAGAUAUUAUAUUUCCUAUCACAUAUAUCUUUGUAAAAUGAUCAUUCACAUGAUCAGAUAUUCUUGAACUAUUUUGUAACCAUGGUUUGUUACCACUGGCUGUUCUCCCCAAGCUGCUUUCCAGUUUAUUAUUUUACAGAAAGCUUUUACAGAAGUCCCACAUCAGCUUUAAGUUGUUUAUUCUCUUCCACUAAUUAGAUCAAAGUGGAAGUUUGUUUACCUGAUUCAAAGAAAUUGCAACUCAUUAAUCACUGUCUGACUAUAAUUCAGUAUUUAUUCAUUCAUUUAUUCAUUCGUUCAUCUUUAGGAGGUGUUUUAUCCUGGUCAGGUUCACAUUGGACUCAGAGCUUAUCCUGGGAUUACUGAGGAUGAGGCAGGGAUACACCUCGGAUCAGACGGCAGUUUGCUUAUAUUGUUGUGUUAUUUUUACUCACAAAUCAUAAAUAGCUGUCAUUUUAACACAUAUAUGGCAAUAGCACAAAUAGGUUUGUCCUGUGUGAAAACUUACAGCAAUAUUACACAUACUCCAUGUUUAUAGUCUGUGGAAUAGACUUCAGUAGUUAUACUUGUAUUGUGUAGUUUCAAUUUGUACUUUUUGCAUCACACAAUUAAAAAAAAUCAAAUCACUAUAAAGAAUUACAUCCAAAAUGGCACAGAAAAUAAGCUGAUACUUAGUCCAAGUUUUCCAAAACCACUAUAAAUUUGUGUGUGUGUGUGUGUGUGUGUGUACAAAAUGAGUAGUUGUACACAGAGGUAUCAUGACUGCAUUAAGGUACUAACUUGUAUGGGGAACAUGGCUACAAGUGUUUUCUAAUGACUGGAUGAGCUGCUGUGGAAGAAUCUGGUGAAGUUUGAUGCUGAAAUAAUCAGCACUGUAAAUUAUGGGGCUCCUUCAUCAGUUUCUGUUCUUAUGUGGGUCUAGAAUGUGUAAAAAAAAAAAGGCUUAGAACUAUUGAUGAGGAAUGUGCUGUAUAAGAUUUUUAGAAAUAAGGAUAAUAUAUGCCGUGUCCAAACGUUUAAUUGCUUUUCUAUACAAUUUUUACCUUAUGAAACACGGCUAUUGAAUAGCAAACAUUGUGUA